AAGAUGAAUCAGGACUUCUCACAGUUCCCGAUGGAUGGAAAGAACCACCUUUUACCAGAGAAGAUAACCCUAAAGGGCUUCUGGAAGAAAGCAGCUUUGCUACUCUUUUCCCUAAAUACAGAGAAGCUUACUUGAAGGAAUGCUGGCCAUUAGUGCAGAAAGCUUUGAAUGAACAUCAUAUAAAUGCAGUUUUAGACCUAAUUGAAGGAAGCAUGACUGUCAGCACAACAAAGAAGACCUUUGAUCCAUAUAUCAUCAUCAGAGCCCGAGAUUUAAUAAAACUUAUAGCCAGAAGUGUUCCAUUUGAACAGUCUGUACGUGUCCUUGAAGAUGAUAUUGCAUGUGACAUCAUUAAAAUAGGGUCCUUGGUCAGAAAUAGAGAAAGAUUUAUAAAAAGAAGGCAAAGGCUUAUUGGUCCAAAUGGAUCUACUCUAAAGGCGCUAGAAAUAUUAACCAGCUGCUAUAUCAUGGUUCAGGGGAACACUGUUUCAGCUCUUGGACCUUUUAAUGGUUUAAAAGAGGUUAGGAAAGUUGUUUUGGAUACCAUGAAGAAUAUUCAUCCCAUAUAUAAUAUCAAGGCAAAGCAAGCAGAAGCAAUUAACAAGCGACAAGAAGAGAGAAAUAAAGCUUUUAUUCCACCUAAAGAAAAGCCUGUUGUAAAACCAAGGAAAACGACAACUGAAACAAAGAUUGAUAUUGAUGCAAUUAAAGAAAAGAUUAAAAAAGCAAAGAAGAAGAAGCUUGGAGCACUACCAGAAGAAGAAGUUAAAUUAAAAAUUGCAGCAGGUGAAAAGAAAAAGAAACCAUCUUUAAAGCUAUAGCACUUCACUUUUUGCAAGGAGGAAAGCUAUGAACUCAGCUAAUGUAGAAGAUGAAAAGGUGCAUUCCUGGAAGGAAGAAAGGAAAAAUAGCUUUCCAAAUUUUUAACCUAAAACUGACAUCUUGUUCUGUUGUAUUUUAAGCAAUAUGGGAAAUAGUUCCAUACAUGUGAUAUCCAUUAGAAUAAACAAUUGACUUUUAGCUGUUGGUGUAAAAGUGGCAGUAUACACAGGAUUAUCAUUGAGAAGAUUUUAUGCAGUAUACAAAGACUUACCAACAAACUUGGAUUUAUUUGUUUUAUUGCAUGGGACUCUGAAAAAUUGUUAUCUAGAACAUUACAAAAAAUAACAGGUUUUCUGUGUGGCAGCUGAAACAUUUUCUAAAUAAAUGUAUAUUGCUUCAUUAAUUGAUGUUUUUUGUUUACUAGACUUUCAUAAACUUUUUGGAAGAGGA